GAAAUAUUUCAACCCUCAUUUUUUGACUUUUGUGUCCGUGCUUCUCUCACAGAGAAGAUUUUCGGAGUUCACAGCUCGUCUCCUAUUUCUAGGGUUUUAAUUCUUCGUCGACCCCCAAAUUUCUUCAUCGAUCCCUUUUCGCCUGCCUUCACCUAAUUCAAUCAAUCGCCGAUCAAUUUCAAACCCCAUUUCCAUAUCCCGUAGCUUGGAGAUUUUCUCUGUUUUCGAUAGCUUCACCUCUGGAUUUGGUUUCUUGAAAUUUUAUUUCAAUUUUCGGGCAUUUAAUGCUCCUUCAUCCUCAUUGCUUUAAAUUCGAUAGUAUCCCGAUGCCCGAGGCGAUCGGCCGAGCUCCAUUUUCGUUUUAGCUUGUUUAGUAGCAAUUGAGAUCGAAAAUUUCAGUGCUUCCCAUCCAACAGCGCCCUGCAAAUCGGCAAGCCGUCGUUUUCACCGCCUCAAUCGCAUGGCGGCGCCGCGGAAUGUGGUGGUGGAAACCGGCAGCCGGCUGUUGGACAGGGAUGAGGAGAACAACGAUGAGUCGCCGUCGGGGAAGAAGCUGAAGGCGGAGAAGUUCCCGCUCUCGCGGUGGGAAUUUGCGGCGGCUCUCGGGGUGUUUUUGGUGUUCUUCACCGGUUUGCUGUGCAUUUACCUCACUAUGCCCGCUGCCGAGUAUGAGAUGUUGAAGCUGCCUCGUAACCUCGCGGAUCUUCGAUUGCUCAAGGAUCAUCUCGCUACAUAUGCCCAAGUGUACCCAGCAAAGUUCAUUCUUGGUUACUGCUCGACAUACAUAUUCAUGCAGACAUUCAUGAUCCCCGGCACUAUUUUCAUGUCCUUAUUAGCCGGGGCACUUUUUGGAGUCGUAAGAGGUCUUUUCUUGGUUGUCUUCAACGCAACUGCCGGGGCAUCUUCCUGCUAUUUUCUGUCCAAACUCAUUGGCAGACCCAUUGUCAACUGGCUGUGGCCUGAAAAACUCAGAUUUUUCCAGGCUGAGAUAGCAAAGAGGAGAGAGAAAUUGUUGAAUUACAUGCUCUUUCUGAGAGUAACACCGACAUUGCCAAACCUGUUCAUCAAUUUGGCAUCGCCAAUUAUGGACAUUCCAUUUCAUAUUUUCUUUCUGGCAACUGUUGUUGGCCUCAUUCCAGCUUCCUAUAUUACUGUUAGAGCUGGGCUUGCUCUUGGAGAACUGAAGUCGGUGAAAGAUCUAUACGACUUCAAGACAUUGGUAGUACUGUUCCUCAUCGGGUCGAUUUUAUUGUUGCCGACCCUUUUGAAGAGGAAGCGGAUAUAUGAAUAAAGCUUGUUCUUUUACGAUUCCUCCCGUCUUUUUUUGAAGAAAGGGGAGUGAUUACCUGUAACAUCAUUUGCUUUUGUAACGGGAAAUUCAGCAUUACGCAUCGUACAUCGGUACAUUAUCAUCUGCCGUUUAUCUUACAGUCCUAGUUUUAGGUGAUCUAACGCUUGUAGUAUUGAAUUUGAACUGAUAUAACAUUGUAAUUCAUUCACAGGGAAAGAAAUCUGGAAUCUGUACUUCUCUGAAUAUCAGAAAUUAAAUCUUAAUUAAUACACAGGCUGGUUGAAAUAUAUCUUGUG